AUGCUCCUCCCAGCUCCUUUGUCGAAGUACGUAGCGUCUCUCAAGUCGCUGAAGCGGAAAUGGCAGGGCCACGCUGCUUCACGGCCCGAGGAUGAUACCAAGUCGCUUUUUACCAGGCUAGUUACUGUCUUUCUGUCUACCUGGGACCUUGGCUUUACGUCCUUCGGAGGUCCACCGGUGCAUUUUCGCAUCUUCCACCAGAGAUUCGUCGAGGGUAAAGGAGUCAAGGAGAAAUGGGUUGAUGAGCAGACUUACCAGGAGCUCUUCGCAAUCUGUCAGGGACUUCCAGGACCAGCGAGCACAAAGUUGCUCUUUUGCAUUGCAUUGCUCCAUGCAGGAUUUCUUCCAGCUCUCCUUGUAUUCUUCUUGUGGUGUCUUCCUGGCGCAAUUGGCAUGUAUGCUUUCUCUCUGGGUGUUCAGCGAAUCGGCGAGACUCUUCCGGCACCCGUUUAUCCGUUACUAUCUGGACUAAACUCAUCUACCGUGGGAAUCAUUGCUCUAGCAGCAGUACAGCUAGCGGAAAAAGCCAUCAAGGAUAAGUUGACUCGCAUCUUGGUGACCCUUGGUGCUUGUGCCGGGCUAUGCUACAAUGCAUUGUGGUAUUUCCCAUUGCUAAUGGUCCUUGGUGGAAUGGCCACCGUUAUCUGGGAUGGAUGGCUGUAUCAGAAAAUUCGUAGCUUCGGGCAGAACCGAAAGAGAAGGAAUACCCACCCCGAAGCUGCGGAGGAAACAGUAGAGCCGCAGAGCGUUCACACAGGAGACCGGCAAGGCCAUGCCAAUUCCAGUGGGCCAGAGGACAGUGCUCAAAUGAGAUCCCGCAGAACAAACACUCCGGGGGCUAGCUUACAGCACGAUGGGGCGGGUCCUCUUUCUGACCCUAAUCAACCUGCUAACUCGCAAAAGCAUGUUAUCCGGAUCAGAUUUGGCAUACUAAUAACUGUGCUAUUCUUUGCAUCGUUCAUAGGCGUUCUGGUCGCCAGAGGAGUUCUUCGCGCUCCACCCUUGGCCCUCGACCUCUUUGCUAGUAUGUACCUUGCAGGAACUGUGAUCUUCGGCGGUGGCCCUGUUGUCAUUCCACUUCUGCGAUCAUACGUCGUCGACCCCGGUUGGGUGUCAGGCCGAGACUUCCUUCUUGGACUUGCUAUCAUCCAGGCAUUCCCCGGUCCGAACUUCAACUUCGCCAUCUUCCUCGGUGCUUUAGCCCUACAAAAAUCACAGUUCCCGACCAUUUUCGGCGCUAUUCUUGGUGGUUUGGGAAUAUUCUUACCUGGAAUCACCUUAGCUGUUGCGUUCCAGAGCUUCUGGGCAGUGCUACGAAAGAGAAAAUGGUUUACAGACUUUCUUCGCGGAGUUAAUGCAACCGCUGUUGGAUUGGUUUUCACUGCGGUUUACCGCCUGUGGGAGAUUGGUUAUCUUACGUCCCAAACUUCCAAUGGGCAGAGCUUAGGCAAGGAGCCGUGGUGGGUUGUUAUAGCUGCUGUGACUUAUGUUGAGAGCGCAUGGUUUGGUAUCCCGCCACCAGUCGCGAUUAUGAUGGGCGCAGUUCUCGGUCUUUGCUGGUACGGUGCCGUUGGACGGUGA